UUAUUUUUUUCAUAUCUUUUAAGCUUUGUUAUUCCUUUUAACCUUUACCUUCCUCUUUUUGUUGUUCAUUUCUCAUCUUUCUCUGAAGGUCCUCAGCCAUGGAUAUGGAGUCAGUUUCUUUAACAAAGAUCAAAAGAACCAAAACCCAUCAAGAGGAAGGUCAACCCUCAAAUGGGUUCGAAAGUCUUCCACCGGAGAUCACCUUCGACAUACUUUCACAGCUCCCCAUAACAUCUCUGGUCCAGUUCAAGUACGUCUGCCGAUCAUGGCGUCUGAUUGGACAAGACCCGAACCUCCUUGAACAGUACACCUCCAGAACCGCAGACGAAAACCCAUGUCUCAUCUUCCACUGCGAUUCCCCACUCAGAAACGAGCUCUACUUUGUGGACCUCCACGGCGACUCUUACAGGGACGAAAACCAGACCCACGUAGUGAGAAAGAUCCGAACACCGUUUAGCUCUUCCAUGCCUGAAUACGACGUCGUUGGAUCGUGCAACGGUAUUUUAUGCUUAUCUGACUCCUUGUACAAUGAUGCUGUCUUUAUAUACAACCCUUUUACAAGAGAUUACAGAGAACUACCCAAGACUAAUCGCUAUCCGGACCAAGAGGUGGUGUUUGGCUUGGGAUUUCAUCCUAUCACCAAGGAGUAUAAGGUGGUCAAGGUAAUCUACUAUUACAAGGAUGGCAAUAAAGGCCACCACGUCAGGCAUCGAUUCAGAGUACCAACACAAUCAGAGGUCCAAGUAUUCACUUUGGGAAGUUCAAGGUGGAGGAGCUUAGGCAAAGUGUCUCACUACCUUCAUCAUUGUCCUGCUGUAUUAGUCCAAGGAAGACUUCAUUGGAUGACUUGUCGUCCAAGGUACCGGACCGGUCGAAACCUGGUCUCGUUCGACCUCGGAGAGGAGGUGUUCGGUGAGAUUCCGAAGCCAGAUGUUAUGGGGAUGAGGAGGUGUGACUACCAUCUGGUGGCGGUGAGAGGUUGCCUGGCGGCGGCCUUCUAUUUGAACUAUGGGAAAAUGGAGAUUUGGGUUAUGAAAGAUUAUGGUGUUAAGGAAUCUUGGGUUAAGGAGUUUGUUAUUAGAAGCCAUAUCUCUAAGGCCAUUAAAGAAGUGAAUCAGUCUUCCUCCAUUGCCGGUAGUAUCUCCAAAUUUUGUGUGAAAGGAAGACCAGUUCGGGUUGUUUGUGUCUUGAAGAGUGGUGAGAUUUUGUUGGAGUAUAAAAGCAGAGCUUUAGCUCUUUAUAAUCCCCACACUGGAAAGCAUAAGGAUCUUGUGUUUCAGGGGAUGCCUAAUUGGUUCCAUUCAAUUGUUCAUGUGGGUACUCUCAAUCAGAUUCAUACCCUAAUUGGUACGUGAUAUCUAUAUACAUAUAAUUCCUGAAUUUGUGUGUAAUUGAGAAAAAAAAAAAUAGCAACAAAACUCACUUUCAAUUUAUAAAUUAGAGUACAAUUUUCAAUCUUAUACUACGAGUGAUUUCUAUUUCCUAGCAUAGAUUGGUUACAACUCAUAAUUUGUCUAUUUGAGAUUUAGAUUUUCUAUUCCUCUUUAGCUCUUCUGGAGGUAACUCCAAUGAAAAUUCUUAUUGUAACAUAAUUUGGUGCAUCUAUAUAUUUAUGGUCGGCAUUUCAUUGGCUAAA